ACCACUAUCACCUUCACCACCUUCACCAUGCCAGUCGACAUCAAGGCACUUGCAGAGAAGAUCAACGACGAACGCAUCGAGGCCAAGACUACCCAGGACGAUCUGCGUGAACAGAUCCGCCGCGUCAAGGCCGAAGCGGAAGAAUCUCGCCUCGCUGCUGCUCGCUCCCGUCUCGCAAAAAUUGAGCAGGAUAAGAAAGUUUCCGAGCUCGAAGCAGAGAUUCUCCUCUGGAAGCACAAGUACAACGUACUCGAACAGGCCUUGAAGGACUCGAAGAAAGAAAAAGAGGAAAAACAGAAGCAGUGGGAUGCUCUCGCAGUCGAAGUGCAGAGAGAGUUGGUCGGUGCGCGGGAGAAAUAUGAGGAGGCUGCCAAGUUCGGUCUUGCAAGGCUUACUGAAGCGGAGGAUAUCCUGCGCACUAGGGAGCUUGGCAUAUCGGAUCCGAUCACUCUCCUAGUGAAGCGUUCUGAUCAGGAGCGUGAAGAAGCAGCACAAUCCGCUCAGCUUGCUGAGGCUGCCGCACCGCUCCUAGCCCUUGCCGUCGUUCCACCUGUGGAACAACCUGCCGCGCCUGCUCCUGCUCCUACAACCGAGUCUGCUCCUGCGGCUGCCCCACCCUCCUGCGAGCGCUGUGCUCGCCGUGCGGCGAAAAAGGCAAUGAACCCCGGAAAGUAUUCGACCUCCGAGGAGAGGGCCUUCUCUCAACAAAGGUCGGACUAUUCCCUGACUAGCGCUCAUCAUCGGACCUUUCUUGCUGAGCCCCACGGGCACGAACGUGGGGACCGCGACCGAGCUGAGAGGAGGCGCUCUUCAAGGCGCUUGACCGAAAUCACCGCAGUUGAUCCUCGUGACAUUCAGCCUGUUGUCGUUACCGACCUGUACUACAGCAAGGGGCUGAUACCGUCUCCGAACUCUCCGCGCCAGUACUAUGUCAAGAACCAUCUGCGACAGAGGAGCGUCAGCUCAAAGUCCAGCCGCAAAUCACCCCCAGUCAGUUACCGGAGGGCAAUCUCGUCGAUGUCGGGGAGCGUCUUUUCGAUCCAAUACGCUUACGGAUACCGGCGUCGACCGUUGACCGACGAUUUCUACGCUCUUAUGAUCCCCGUGUUGUCACCAACUGCCAUCCGCUCGUUUGUUCGCGUUUCAUCUUUUUCAUUUCAAGGUUGCACUUCGGCAAGUCUGUUCAUUUCGGCUGUUCAUAUCGGCUAUUCCCAUCGCACAAUUGUUACCCUUUGAAUAGUUCCUUCCUGUAUCAAAUCGGCUCAAGGACACUUCCCAUUCGCAGUAGAUUUCUCCAUUCAUUGUAUUUUACCUAUCGAGGCUAGCUAUAUGCGCCGCAUUUGCAACUCCUUCUCUGGGUUUUUCAUGCAUAUUGUCAUUCGCAAGCUUUUCUCGCUGUCAAUUGAAUCGUCC